CGUAAUUACCAGACUUAAGUGUCAAUUUUAAGCAAUGGAAGAUAUUAGCUAUGCUUGUCCUCGCCAAAAAUUCAUGGAAGAUCCGGGAAUUCAAUGGCGCGAAGGGAAGCCUGAUUUUACCCAGGUUAAUAAAGCCUAUUUAGAGGGUAGGACAAGAAUCCAUAGGGAUGGUUCGUUAGAGAAGAUUGUCGAGGAUCUCGUGAAAUCAUGGGAAAUGGAGGCUUCGCACAAAACUAACACUGAGGAUUGGCAAAGUGUUGACACAGAAGCUUUCACCAUCCGCGGGAACAACCAGCGCUCGUUUUCUUUGAAGGAAUUGAUUGAAGAGGGAAACUACAACGUACUGAUGCAAAACCAGCCGCUAUACAACAAUACCGAUCAUUCGUUUAAAUCGUCACAUGAUUUGUUCAGGUCUGCAUUCGACCAAGGGUUUCCAUGGGAACUGAUAGAAGUAUUUUCAGGUCCCCCAAAAGUGGCCUUUUCGUGGCGCCAUUGGGCCCACUGGACGGGCCCUUACAAAGGAAGGGCCCCAACGGGGGAACUGCUUGAAAUGUAUGGAAUGGCUGUGGCCGAGGUGGACGAGAACCUCAAGAUCAAAUCAAUCGACGUUCAUUAUGAUCCUAACCAGCUUUUGAUGAAGUUGGAAGGAAAAGAAUUGUUGAAGUAGCUGCAGAAGCAUUAUAAAUGGUUAAGUGUCCUCAAACUUUGUUGCUCAUAUUUCAAAAACUGUCCGUUCGAUAACAUUAACGGGAACAAAAACCGCGUUAGUGAAUAAAAACUCUUGCGAAUCUCAACUGGGAGAAGUCACGAAAACAAACAAAAAAAGACAAUCAUAAGGUUCCUUUAGCCACCAUCGUUCCCAGGGUCUCUCUUAACUGUCUCUCUCUCAUCGACGACGGAGGUAACAGAAACGGGAUUUUCCAUCACAUUGUUUGAGGGAAAACUAUGUUGGGAAUAAAGGAACCCACACUGUCGCUUUUCCCAUUCAGAAUUUUGAUUUCUUGGAUCCUCUCGCGAACACAACAAUAUCUCAGACUGACUAAAACUACAAUCAACCGUUCUUUUAUCUUAUGGACACACCUUAAUCAAACGUAAGGUGAUUUCCUAUAAAGAUCUCUCAGACAAAAGAUAAACAGACUUAUUCAUCAGAGCCGACAUAACGUGACGCUCAAUUUCUAGGCCGAUUUUUCACAAUUAUUACAUUAACAUUAGCUUAACUCAGUACUAAGUAUCCUAUUUCCGACAUUUAAAAUAUUUUUUUAUUUUGGUUCUUUAAGAAUUCCGCGGCGCAAAUACUCAAGCGACAGAGCGCCGUCUAAUAGUUUAUCAUAAAUACAGUGUCAUAGUUCUUUGCUCUCAGAAUAUUUUGUUCA